GAGCGCUCCCCGCGGCGGUGCCGGGCGCCAUGGCCCCCCCCAAGGACAUCAUGACCAACUCGCACGCCAAGUCCAUCCUGAACGCCAUGAACGCGCUGCGCAAGAGCAACACGCUGUGCGACGUGACGCUGCGCGUGGAGCACAAGGACUUCCCGGCGCACCGCAUCGUGCUGGCCGCCUGCAGCGACUACUUCUGCGCCAUGUUCACCAGCGAGCUUUCAGAGAAAGAUAAACCCUAUGUAGAUAUCCAGGGCCUGACAGCUUCCACCAUGGAAAUCCUGCUAGACUUUGUGUACACAGAAACUGUUCAUGUAACAGUAGAAAACGUCCAAGAGUUGCUUCCAGCAGCGUGUCUGCUUCAGCUGAAAGGUGUGAAACAAGCUUGCUGUGAGUUCCUCGAAAGCCAGCUGGAUCCAUCAAAUUGUUUGGGCAUUCGGGAUUUUGCUGAGACACACAACUGCGUUGAUCUAAUGCAAGCUGCAGAAGUCUUCAGCCAGAAACAUUUUCCAGAGGUUGUUCAGCAUGAAGAGUUUAUUUUGUUAAAUCAAGAAGAGGUUGAAAAGCUCAUCAAGUGUGAUGAAAUUCAGGUGGAUUCUGAAGAGCCCGUUUUUGAGGCCGUUAUAAACUGGGUGAAGCACUCCAAGAAGGAACGGGAGGCGUCGCUGCCGGAGCUGCUGCAGUACGUGCGCAUGCCGCUGCUCACGCCGCGCUACAUCACCGAUGUCAUCGACACCGAGCCUUUUAUCCGAUGCAGUUUGCAGUGCAGAGACCUUGUAGACGAAGCCAAGAAAUUUCACCUUCGCCCUGAGCUGCGGAGUCAGAUGCAGGGACCCAGGACGAGAGCCCGCCUAGGAGCGAAUGAAGUCCUGCUUGUGAUCGGAGGCUUUGGCAGCCAGCAGUCACCUAUAGAUGUUGUGGAGAAAUAUGACCCGAAGACUCAGGAGUGGAGCUUCUUGCCGAGCAUCACCCGUAAGAGGCGCUACGUUGCCACAGUGUCCUUGCACGAUCGCAUCUAUGUGAUUGGGGGUUACGACGGCCGCUCUCGCCUCAGCUCAGUGGAGUGCUUGGAUUACACAUCGGACGAGGAUGGAAUCUGGUACUCCGUGGCUCCGAUGAAUGUGCGGCGAGGCCUGGCUGGAGCCACCACCCUUGGAGACAUGAUCUACGUUUCGGGCGGGUUUGAUGGAAGCCGACGUCACACCAGUAUGGAGCGAUACGACCCCAACAUUGACCAGUGGAGCAUGCUGGGGGACAUGCAGACUGCGCGGGAAGGAGCAGGGCUUGUCGUAGCUAAUGGAGUUAUUUACUGCCUCGGUGGCUACGAUGGGCUGAACAUACUGAAUUCUGUAGAGAGGUACGACCCCCACACUGGACACUGGACAAAUGUCACUCCGAUGGCCACCAAGCGCUCAGGUGCUGGAGUGGCUCUGCUGAAUGACCAUAUUUAUGUGGUUGGUGGGUUUGAUGGGACUGCACAUCUUUCCUCCGUGGAGGCCUAUAAUAUUCGCACUGAUUCCUGGACAACUGUAACAAGCAUGACAACCCCRCGCUGCUACGUGGGGGCCACCGUGCUACGGGGCCGGCUCUACGCCAUUGCCGGAUACGAUGGCAACUCACUGCUAAGCAGCAUCGAGUGCUAUGAUCCCAUCAUUGACAACUGGGAGGUAGUAACCUCCCUGGGGAUGCAGCGCUGUGACGCUGGAGUCUGCGUCCUUCGGGAGAAGUGAUCUGGAGGGCGCUUACAAAGAGCAACACCCAGAAGAAUCCCUGCUGGAGGAAGAGUCCCAAGCGAUUUGCAGUGACUGUUCUUGAGAGUUGUGGAUGCUGUGAAAAAUAGGCAUCAGCAUAGCAGCUUUCUGUGCUGCCUUAACUAGAGCAUGUGCAAAAAUGUGUUAUCUCAGCAGUCAUUUGAAAUCAGGGGCUCUGAGUGAAGCUGUAAAGGAGUGAGGUGGAUCAGGAGAAGCUGCCUUCUCUACUCUUCCUGUGGCUAAUUAUCAUCUGAGCAGAGAAGCUCCUAGCCCUGGCAUGGACCAGACUGUGAACGCUUCCAGGGCUGUGUACAGCACAUACAGCACCCAGCAGCUCUCAUGGGAGGCUGCAGAGCCAUGUGGGUCCACCAGUCGCUCUCAGCCAUUGGAUGCGUGAGGGCGGAAUUCAGCUGCUCUUACAGCCUCAAAUCAUCUUGUACAUACUGAAUGUUUUAAACAUGCUCCUCACGGGCACGUCAGUGCAGAGCCGAAUGGAGCGAGCUUGUGAUAAUGGAGUCCCGCACUGUGGUUGUGUCCACAAGUUCCUCACGGGUCUGCACACGAAAGGAGUCGCAGAUUAAUGCUGUCAACUACUGACCCAAAAGCCUGAGGUGACAGAGGGAAAGAUGCCAUGGCAUGGAAGCCGGUGUGCAGCAUUUUGCAGGGGUCAAGAGGCACAGGAAGGUUUAACACAUCACAUUUUCCCUUCAAUAGCUUGAUUGACCCAGCUGGAAAGCGCUGCAUCUUCAGGCAUGGGAGCCAUGCUGUGACUGAGCAGUGCCUUUGCUCCCAGCGCUGCGGGGAGGGCACUUUGCAGAGGCCGAGGCCCCAGUCAUAGCGAUGCGAUUGCUACUCAGCCUACAGCUUGUUAGCUGGAGUUCCUCCCAGGACACAUCUCCCUCUGUUUUCUGUUGCCAGGGCCUUUCCAAAGUGAUAUCCAGGAUUCUUUUUUGCCCCUUAAUUCCCCGCUGUUUAUUUCCCUGCCUCCAUCCUGCUACACAAGCUGUCCUUUGAGUUCCCCGCACACCCCACGUGCAAGCAUCGCUGCUGCCUCGCUCAGCACGCUCUCCUCAGCCCGCCUGCUGCCCUGCUGCGUUUUGGGGAGCGCGGGCUCUGUCCUGCUGCCAGCCGGCCCCCUCGGCACCCGCGCUCCGGGUCAUGCUGCUCUCUGAGCAUUCUGCUGGCUCCUUUGCUUGGGGUCGGGAGCAGGGACGGGGUAGCGUGACGUAUGCACUUUGAGCCAACGCUCUGAACUUCU